GGAGAAGAAACAGUCCCACAGCAGAUGGAGGCCGCUUCGAACGCCUUAUGACGCCAGAAUGCCAGUCCUAUGACGUCAGAAUGCCAGUCGAAUUGUUGAUUCGUCGAGAGAAACGCCUAGUAACGCCUUCAUCAAAUCAGAAUACUCCCUGCCGUCCCGCCCUCUGUUUUCAUUGGUUCGCCUCCCAUAGUCCGGAAGUGGAUCUGGCAUCUUUCCUUGCAUACAGCAAAGAGUGUGGAAAUAACAAGGAAUGAAGAAGGAGCAAGUGCUGAAAUGUCAGUUCUCUUCCUGGUACCCUCAUUUCAAGAGUCAAACCAUCGGAAGUAUCAUCAUUCCGCUGCCAGACAAUGUAAAAGACUAUUUGCUUGAUGAUGGGACUUUGGUAGUUUCAGGCAGGGAAGAUCCUCCAACAUAUUCUCAAGAACACAAUGAUGAAGAUGAAACAGAGGAAAUCCAGUGGUCUGAUGAUGAGGACACUACAACACUUAUGGCACCAGAAUUCCCUGAGUUUGCACUUAAAGUUGAAGAAGCAAUCAGUUCACUGGGUGGCAGUGUUUUUCCUAAGCUCAACUGGAGUGCUCCAAGGGAUGCCUACUGGAUAGCACUGAAUAGCUCACUGAAAUGCAAAUGCCUCAGUGACAUCUUUCUACUUUUCAAGAGUUCAGAUUUCAUUACUCGAGAUUUCACUCAACCCUUUAUCCACUGUAAUGAUGAUUCCCCUGACCCCAGUUUUGAGUAUGAGCUUGUACUCCGAAAAUGGUGUGAAUUGAUUCCUGGGGCAGAAUUCAGAUGCUUUGUGAAGGAAAACAAACUUAUAGGUAUUUCACAACGGGACUACACCCAACACUAUGAACACAUCUCUAAACAAAAAGAAGAGAUCUGCACGUGUAUUCAGGAGUUCUUCAAGAAACAUAUACAGUAUAAAUUUUUUGAUGAAGAUUUUGUGUUUGAUGUCUACAGGGACAGCAUGGGCAGAGUAUGGUUAAUUGAUUUUAACCCAUUUGGUGAAGUAACAGAUUCUCUACUGUUUACAUGGGAGGAGCUGAGGUCUGGAAACCGUAUGAAAGAUGAACAGGGUGAAGGUGCAGCCAUGGAAGUGGACUGUCCAUCAUUCCGUUGUACGAACAGUAAUCUCACUGUCCAGCCUAGUCCCUAUCUCAGCUACAGACUGCCCAAAGAUUUUGUAGAUCUUUCCACUGGAGAAGAUGUUCACAAAUUAAUUGACUUGCUCAAGCUGAAAAGAAAUCAGCAAGAUGAUGAAGAAUCAUGAAGUCAGCAUAAAAUUAAAGCCAGAGAUGAGGAGGCCAUAGCGUUAUGGGGGAAGAUAACAUUUUAACAGCACCAACGCUAAGAAUGUUUGCUUUUUAUUUUAACCUUACAGAACUGAGAUGCUUUCAAUCUUGUGUAGGCAUUUAAUUGAAUAAAUAUGUUUUCAGAUGA